GCCGAACACUGGCGGAAAUAAACGAGGGCUGACGCUGGAGGCUCGCCUUUAAACAUGGCGGCCAAGGCGCUCCGUCAGCGAGCCAGACGAGGCAGCAGACAAGAUGCGAACAAUGUCAAUGUGUCCACCGAGGCUCGGUUGCCGAAAGAGGAGAAAGGAGCCGAUGAGAGCAAAGCUACAGACACUCGGCAAGAGUCAAUAAGUCGCGGUGGUCAGGUAUGGGCACCGGAAGGCUCGACUGCCUUUAAAUGUCUGCUCUUAGCUCGGUUCUGUGCAGCAUUACUCAGCAACAUCUCAGACUGCGAUGAGACCUUCAACUACUGGGAACCGAUGCACUACCUGCUUUAUGGCACAGGGAUGCAAACUUGGGAAUAUUCUCCAUUGUAUGCAAUCAGGUCCUAUGCUUACCUGUGGCUGCAUGCUCUCCCGGCUUGUUUGCCCGCCCAUGUACUACAAACAAACAAGGUUUUGGUGUUCUACAUUGUGCGGUGUGUCCUUGCUUUCUCCUGCUGCGUCUGUGAGCUCUAUUUUUACAAGGCCGUUUGUAAGAAGUUUGGUUUGCACGUCGGCCGCCUGAUGUUUGCUUUUCUCUUCCUGAGCUCUGGAAUGUUCUGCUCAUCUGCAGCAUUUCUGCCAUCUUCUUUCUGCAUGUACACCACGCUGGUCGCCAUGACAGGAUGGUUCCGGGACUCCACACCGUUGGCCAUAAUGGGUGUAGCUGCUGGUGCUAUUGUUGCCUGGCCAUUCUCUGCUCUGAUUGGGGUGCCGAUUGCCUUUGACCUUCUGGUGUUAAAGCGGCAAUGGAAGAGUUUUAUCACCUGGUCAGCUGUCGCUGUGUUGGUUUUACUGGGUCCCUUGGUAGCAGUGGACUCUUUCUUUUAUGGCAAACUGGUGAUCGCCCCUCUCAAUAUUCUACUCUAUAAUGUCUUCACACCACAUGGGCCCGAUCUCUAUGGAACAGAGCCAUGGCACUUUUACUUUAUGAACGGGGCUUUGAACUUCAACCUGGUGUUUGUUCUGGCACUGUUUUCCCUGCCACUCACUGUUCUCAUGGAAACACUCCUCCACAAGUUUAAUGUGCAGAACCUGGGCCGUCCAUACUGGUUGACUCUGUCCCCCAUGUAUUUGUGGAUGUUUAUUUUCUUUACCCAACCUCACAAAGAAGAACGCUUUCUCUUUCCCAUCUACCCUCUGAUUUGCCUCAGUGGCGCAGUGGCCCUCUCGUCUUUACAGGUGUGUUUCCAUCAUAACGUUGAGCAUUGGGCGACCAUCAGAGCUGCAUUUUCUCAUUUAUUAUCCUUCCUGCAGAAAUGCUACCACUUCCUGUUCCACCGGUACCGACUGGAGCACUACACAGUCUCCUCCAAUUGGCUGGCACUAAGCGCAGUUGUGGUCUUCGGUGUGAUGUCACUUUCCCGCUCUGUCGCUCUCUUCAGAGGCUACCACGCUCCUCUGGACUUAUACCCAGAGUUUCACCGCAUUGCCAAGGCUACCAAUCUGCACUCAGUCCCCGAAGGCAGACCAGUUAGUGUGUGUGUGGGCAAGGAGUGGCACCGCUUCCCGAGCAGCUUCCUUCUCCCACACAACUGGCAACUACACUUCAUCCAAAGUGAGUUCAAAGGUCAGCUCCCUCAACCGUAUGCGUCCGAUUCUCUGGCCACACAGAUCAUCCCUGCUAAUAUGAACGACCAGAACCUGGAGGAGCCCAGCAGAUAUGUAGAUGUGCGGCAGUGCCACUACCUGGUAGACCUCGAUACAGAAGAAGAAACGCCACAUGAGCCACGUUACGCAGCCAAUAAAGAGGAGUGGAACGUCAUUGCUUAUAAGCCUUUCCUACAAGCCUCCAGGUCCUCUCCGUUCUUCAGAGCGUUCUACAUCCCGUUCCUAUCUGAGCGCCACACCAGCUAUCGGCACUACGUCAUCUUGAAACCGCGGCGGCAAAAGCAGCCUCGUAUGCGCAGCCACGGCUGAUCUUUGAACUUCAAAUACAACAAAAAAAAAAAUCAAUGACUUCCUCCUUUGACACAGUUGGAGUGUGCGGUUUAUGUGUUUGCUGGCUGGGGUUUGAAAUGUUUGUCUCAAGGAAUGAAGAUGCGGACCAUUUAAGGACUGCGUGGAUUGGUGUGCUUGUGCAUUUGAACACAAAUUCACACUUGACACUAAUAAGGGACACAAAUUGUGUUUUUGUGUGCAUCGUUCCUCAGGUGUGCUUAUUUGAAUGUCAGUGUUUCACUACAUACUGGACAUCAAACUGUGGCCUGAAUGGAAGAAUUGAAUCAUGUCAUAAAAAAUGUUUACUGUUGUGCUUGGUGUGAGUGAGAAGAAUGAAUGGAAAUGGUUAAUUUAAUUUGGAUGGGUAAUGAAAAAAAUGUGACUGUGAAUACAGCAUUGUGGUUUUUUUUAAUCUGGAAAAUAAAAAACA